GAGGAGGUCGCCCAGUCCAGUUUCUAUGCACUGGUACAGAGACAGAAAGAUAAAUGAGCAGGGGGAGAGAAAAGAAGGAAAAAGACGGUCUCAGUCAGAUAACGGGAGGACUACUAUAAUGGCCGCUAAGUCUGAUGGAGUGUUAAAGAUGAAGAAAAGCGACGUGGCUUUUACUCCCUUGCAAAACUCUGACCAUUCAGGCUCGGUACAGGGAUUAGCCCCAGGAUCUCAGCCGGAUUCGGGAACCGGGGAGGUGGACUACGUGGAUGGGGAGUCCCACUGUUGUGGCUCCUCUUCCAUGUGCCUUCGUCUGGGCAGGGAGCAGCAGAACUACUCGGUGUGGGACUGUCUCUGGAUUCUCGCCGCGGUGACCGUUUAUUUUGCCGACGUGGGCACAGAUAUUUGGCUCUCCGUCGACUAUUACCUCCGCGGCCAGUACUGGUGGUUCGGGCUUACUCUGUUUUUUGUGGUGCUCGGUUCGUUUUCUGUGCAGGUCUUCAGCUUUAGGUGGUUCGUACAUGAUUUCAGCACCGAGGAGAGCGCAGGUGCUGCCAGUGGCUCUCAUGUGGAUGGGACGCUGGUCAGCGGCUCUGCCGCACAUGGAGACAUGGAUGCCCGUCUUUCAACACCACAAAGACAGGCUUCUACAGCCAGCAAGAGCAACGCCACAACUAAUAGCAGCAACAGCAGCACCACAACUCAGACUAGCAAGAAAAGAACUGCAUCUUGUUCCCUUUGCAUCUGGCUCUUGCAGUCAGUCAUCCACAUCCUGCAGCUGGGGCAGAUCUGGAGAUAUUUCCACACCAUAUACCUUGGCAUACGAAGCCGUCGGAGUGGAGAGAAUGACAGGUGGCGCUUUUAUUGGAGAAUGGUGUAUGAGUAUGCAGACGUGAGUAUGCUGCAUUUGCUAGCUACCUUUCUGGAGAGCGCUCCGCAACUUGUCCUGCAGCUCUGCAUUAUAAUUCAAACCCACCACUUACAGGCUCUCCAAGGUCUCACAGCAGCAGCAUCCUUGGUGUCCCUGGCCUGGGCUCUGGCAUCCUAUCAAAAGGCUCUCCGGGACUCCCGUGAUGACAAGAAGCCCAUCAGCUACCUAGCUGUCAUCAUUCAGUUCUGCUGGCACUUCUUCACCAUUGCUGCCCGGGUAAUCACCUUCGCACUCUUCGCCUCUGUGUUCCAGCUCUACUUCGGUAUCUUCAUUGUCCUGCACUGGUGCAUCAUGACCUUCUGGAUCGUCCACUGCGAGACAGAGUUCUGCAUCACCAAGUGGGAGGAGAUAGUCUUCGACAUGGUAGUGGGGAUCAUCUACAUCUUCAGCUGGUUCAACGUCAAGGAAGGACAUACCCGCUGCCGUUUGUUCAUCUACUACUUUGUAAUCCUUUUGGAGAACACAGCCUUGAGCGCCCUCUGGUACUUGUACCGGGCUCCUCAGAUCACUGACGCCUUUGCCAUCCCUGCUCUCUGUGUCGUCUUCAGCAGCUUUCUGACUGGAAUAGUCUUCAUGCUCAUGUACUAUGCCUUCUUUCACCCCAAUGGACCCAGGUUUGGGCACUCGCCAAGCUGCAUACUUGUGGACCCUGCAACCACCUUUAUGCUGCCCCCCGAGGUUGCGACCAACACCCUGAGGGCAGUUUCACAAAAUCGGGUGCCAGUGGUGGUGCCAGACAGGGAUCCGAAAUACACAGAGAGGGACGGCUGCAUGCCUGUGUUUCAGGUGAGGCCCACCGCCCCUUCCACCCCAUCCUCUCGUACUCCGCGGAUAGAGGAAACUGUUAUUAAAAUAGACCUGUUCAGGAACAGGUAUCCUGCCUGGGAGAGGCACGUGCUGGACAGAAGUAUACGCAAGGCCAUCCUAACCCUUGAGUGUUCUCCCUCUCCCCCCCGGCUGCAGUAUAAAGAUGACGCUCUUGUUCAAGAGCGCCUGGAAUAUGAGACCACACUGUAGCCUUUGGGGAUGUUUGCUUAAAAAAACUGCUAGAAGAUCAACUUAAGGGUGAACAGCAGGACUGUGGCAAUAAGUUCCUAGCUCUCUAUACAUAGCAUUGAUCCAUGAUGUUGAUUGUCAUGGACUGAAAAUAAGCACGAUUUCUAUUUCAUUUGAAGGAUGUAUUGUUGUUGUUUUUGUAGGUUUUUUUUUUUUAUUUAGUUUAGUGUUAUGUUUUUUUUUGGGGGGGGGGUUUAAGUACGCCUGACAGGGAAUACAUAUAUAAAUAAGAGGGCAUCACAUUCAAGAAUCUAAACACCCUAACCCAAAUUCUUUGCAGUUUUUCUUUCUCUGACACAGAAAAGGGAAUUGGCCACUUGAACAAACACCGUGUACAGAUAACAAAGAUAACCUUGUACAGUGCCUUGCAUAAGUAUUCACCCCCCUUGGACUUUUCCACAUUUUGUAGUGUUACAACCUGGAAUUAAAAUGGAUUUAAUUGGGAUUUUUACCAUUUGAUUUACACAACAUGCUUAACACUUUGAAGGUGCAAAAUAUGUAUUAUUGUGACACAAAAGUUAAUUAAACAAAAAAAGACAUUUGUUGGUUGCAUAAGUAUUCACCCCCCUGAGUCAAUACUUGGUAGAAGCACCUUUGGCAGCAAUUAUAGCUGUGAGUCUUUUUGGGUAAGUCUCUACCAGCUUUGUGCAUCUGGAUCUUGCAAUUUUUGCCCAUUCUUCUUGGCAAAAUUGCUCAAGCUCUGUCAAGUUGGAUGGGGACCGUUGGUGAACAGCAAUUUUCAAGUCUUGCCACAGAUUCUCAAUCAGAUUGAUGUCUGGGCUUUGACUGGGCCAUUCUAUGACAUUCAAGUUCUUGUUUUUAAACCACUCCAGUGUAGCUUUGGCUGUGUGUUUAGGGUCAUUGUCCUGCUGGAAGGUGAACCUCUGCCCCAGUCCCAGGUCUCUUGCAGACUGAAACAGGUUUUCCUCUAGAAUUUCCCUGUAUUUGGCUCCAUCCAUCUUGCCCUCAAUCCUGACCAGUUUCCCAGUCCCUGCUGAUGAAAAGCAUCCCCAUAACAUGAUGCUGCCACCACCAUGCUUCACCGUGGGGAUGGUGUUCUCAGGGUGAUGAGCAGUGUUGGCUUUGCGCCACACAUAACGUUUUGCGCUAAGGCCAAAAAGUUCAAUUUUGGUCUCAUUAGACCAGAGAACCUUUUUCCACAUGUUUGCUGUGUCUCCCACAUGCCUUUUGGCAAAAUCCAAACGGGAUUUGAUGUGGUUUUUUUUCAGCAAUGGCUUUCUUCUCGCCACUCUUCCAUAAAGCCCAGCUUUGUGGAGCGUCCGGGUUAUAGUUGUCCCAUGGACGGUUUCUCCCAUCUCAGCUGUGAAUCGCUCCAGCUCCUUCAGAGUUACCAUUGGCCUCUUGGUUGCUUCUCUGACUAAUGCCCUCCUUACCUGGUCACUGAGUUUUGGUGGACGGCCUUCUCUAGGCAGAGUCGCGGUUGUGCCAUAUUCUUUCCAUUUUUUAAUAAUGGAUUUAACGGUGCUCCGGGGGAUGUUCAAAGUUUGGGAUAUUUUUUUAUAACCCAACCCUGAUUGGUGCUUCUCCAGAACUUUAUCCCGGACUUGUUUUGAUAGCUCCUUGGUCUUCAUGAUGCUGUUUGUUUAGAUAUGCUCUCUAACAAACUCUGGGGCCUUCCAGAAACAGGUGUAUUUAAUCUGAGAUCAUGUGACACUUUAAUUGCACACAGGUGGACUCCAUUCAACUAAUUAUGUGACUUCUGAAGGCAAUUGGUUGCACCAGAGCUUAUUUAGGGGUGUCACAGCAAAGGGGGUGAAUACUUAUGCAAUCAGGACUUUUCAGUUUUUUAUUUGUAAAUAAUUUUGAAAAAUAUGUAGAUUUUUUUCCCCACUUCGACAUUAUGGACUAUUUUGUGUAGAUCAGUGACAAAAAAUCCUAAUUAAAUCAAUUUUAAUUCCAGGUUGUAACACUACAAAAUGUGGAAAAGUACAAGGGGGGUGAAUACUUAUGCAAGGCACUGUAGAUGUUUUGUUGUUCUGCCUUCCUAUAUUGAGAUUACUUAUCCUCAUUUGCAGGCUCAGCAGCACAUUUAAUUAAACUAUAACUUUAUCAUAUUGAAACAAGUAUGGCCUGUGAAAAUAUUACAAGGUAUAUCCCUGAAUUAUAAGAAUAUGAUUAUAAAAUUAUAAUUGUGAUUUUAUAUCACAAAUAAAAAAAAUUUUAACGUAGUGGGGGAGCAGAAAAUAUAUUUACAAUAUACAGUACCCAUGGGAACAUUAACUCACUAGAUCCUUAAUUCAAGGCUCAUUAUGUUGGCCAUUGUGUGUGUUAUUAAGACACCAUGCUCUUAUUGUGCCAAAAGUUCUAUAACUACUGGACUUUAUAGACUAGGCAUUUUUUCAGAGAGAAACUGGGCAGCAGGAAUCAGCAAUCAUUAGCAUAUACUUGAAUUUGCAUCUUAGUUGUCAGAGAUGCUAGUCAAAUAAUACGCCCCCUUGAACAGGCUCAAGGGCAGACUACAUUAUGAUAUUUACAAAGGAAGAGAUAAACAGACAGUUGAGACCUGUUGGGAUCUUGAAUAUACAUCCUCAUUUGUCAAGUUGCAGGUUUGAUGGACUGUAGGAUAAGCACACAUGUGUGGAAAAAAAAGAAGAAGCUUUGUAACAGUUUUGGACUCCAAAGCCAAACCACACUUGCAGUAAAUAAUUGCAACUGUAGUAUUAAAGAUGCAACAUUCCUUUUCACUGGUUGUGAUACUACUGAAGUCAUUCAGGUAUAGGCAGUGGAAGCAUUGUUUAAAACCAUGUACAGUGGACUUCAGGCCUAAUGAUGGUCAUUCCUUUUUAAACUACAACAAAAACCAAAUAACCUUGAUAUCCUUUUCAGAGCACCCGGAUGCAUCAAUGCUAAAACAAGUAUAGGGCUGAAACCACUUCUGUCAUUGUGACUGCCAACAGACAUCGCUUUAAACCAAGUCAUGUCAUGAUUGCUGCCAAGGCAUGUUAACCACCUCAGAAACAUGUUAAACCACAGGCAUAUUGUUUUGUUGUACAUAUUGGUAAUCAAUGGCAUAAAAAAAGGAAACUGCAUCUUUAAGUAUUCUACAGAGAAGCUGUAUGGGGUUUAGCUGCCCCAUCAGCUUUGGCUCCAAAACUUCUGUCUCACCAAGAUAAAACAAUAACAAAGGCUAAAUGAAAGAAAGAAAAAUAAGCACAACACUUGUUGGCAAGAGGAGUCACAACACUCCAAUUGCUAUAUUCAAAGUGUAAUUGCAGUUAGUGUGGGAGGGGAGGUGGGAUGAACAAAAAGCCAUUUAAUUUCGGUAACUGGUAGUUAUUAGGCUAACGUGUAGUUAUUAGGCUAACUCACUUUAUUUUCUAUCAGGAAGUAACACAAGAGAGGUGCACACACACACACACACACACACACACACACACACACACACACAGCAGGGAGUCAAUUAUCCAAACUAAUUGGGACCAAUACUAGUUUGCAUAAUCGAUUUGUAUGGAUAAUCGAACAGGUAUUAAUAACAAUUACUGUACCUUUAAUAAUGUUUAGAAUAAAGUUAACACAAAAGUACAGUACUUAGUGCACAAGUACAUACUGAUGAUAUAUAGCUAGUAACCUAUUCUAUCACAUUAAGCAUACAAAAUUACAAAAGUUUACAAAUCAUUAAAUUAAUGCAAUUCAGUAAGACUUUAACACCUUCAGUUAAGUUUAUGAAAUACUGUAAUUAAAUGUACCGUAUGCCGAACUUUGAAAAUUGUCAAAGAAUACAAUUCAGUACAACUUUGACACAUUACAGAACUUUAGGAAUCAUUAAACUUCAAAAAUUCAGUAAAAUGUUAAUAUACUUUGAUACUUGCUUUUAAAGCAUUGUAAUAACGUGCAAUUGAAAUCAAUAAAAUAAAAGUUCUUAGCUGCUCAAUAACAUAGACAGGAUCUCCAGCCCUUACUGGCGAAAUACAAGAAAAAUCUAGAACAAGGUGACUGUUUUAAUUUGCUUAAUUUAAAGCAAUAAUUUAAAGCAGACAGUGCUCCACCUAAGGUUUUUCAUGUUGUGAAUAAUUCUGUAACUUUCAAUUUGCCUAAGUUUGCUGGUCUUUUUUUUGGCAGCUAAAUCUUGCAGCCAUUUAUAUAUAUAUAUAUAUGUGUGUGUGUGUGUGUGUGUGUGUGUGUGUGUGUGUGUUUGUGUGAAAUUGCCUUGGAUUAUGUAUGUUAGGAGGAGGAGCUGUCGCAGUAACAAGUCUUUGAUUCCUGGUAAAGGGCACCUGAGUCUCAUCCAUUUAUAACAACCUGGGAUUCCCAAAUUGAUUUAUCUCAGGGGCUAUCAAACAAUGUAAAGAAUGAUAUACUGUAGUAGCUAUCUGUAACUUCAUGUCUUCAUGUAACUGUCUUGGCUAAAUUAAUAUGUGCUGUUCUGGAUUCUAGAGGUUCAGCAACACAUUUCUUGCUUGAUAAAAUUACAAUUACCAAUUGUUAAUAGUUAAACAGUUCAGUACUGUAUAUUCAUUAGGUUCAUCCAACACAGUUUACAAUCGCUUUGUUACAAAUGGACGCAUUGAGCUUUUAUGUUUUCUGAACUGUAUGUGGUUUACAUUAUUUGAUAUGAAUGGUGGUGAUUUGCUUCCCAAACUGCAAACAUGAUUGUUUCAGCCUCUCAUGAGAGGCCUUGGGGAGAUACCUUAUUAAUGAAAAGAGAAGGUUGACAAUGUUGUAAACCAUUGUCUAUUUAAAGUCUCUUUUUCCUUUAAGCAUAUACUUCAGUGUUAUCUGUCCCCACGGCUCAAUUAAGAGCUAGCUCUAUUGUCAUGUCGACAAUUGCCAAGUGAGAGAAUGAUGAAUCUGAGACGAGCAGAGUUCUGCAUCUCAAUUACCUGAGAGACGGCAGUCCGACCACCAUGGUUUAAUGGUGCUUCAGCUAUUCCCAAGCCUCACCUAAUGUGAAGAGAGACAUGUUCUUUAUUGAGGAAUUCAAAAGGUGCAGCCAAUCACUUUGAAACCCUUUCCUUAUUAGAAGUUAGUGGGCAGAACUGGGUUGCUUUAUGAAGUUGUCCGAGUACUGUAGUAAAUAUAAGUUUGAUAUAUUGGUUGCCAAUGACCACAUAGGCCAAAAAAUCUGAGUUGGUCUAAGUUACUACCCUUUAAAUGAUUUACUUUUAAUGGUACAAAUGGUAUUUGUAUAUACAGUCGGCACCGCCUAAUCUGCAUACUGAUAAUCAGGAUUUCUGCUAAAAUGGGAUAGAACUUUGGGAGACAGUUCUUCCCAAUGCUAUUGAUGUUGUUUAAUUGGGAUACAGUAUUUUCAAAUGAUGAACAGAGAUCACUUAGCUGUGACAAGUAAACUACGUUGAACUCUAGAAGACAGAUGAGUCUCUUGUGGUUUCUGUUGCAAAGAAAGUUGGCAUGUCAACAUGUAGAAAUAAAUAAAUAAAAAAAACAGCGAUUUAAUUUUGUUUAGGAAUAAAAAAAAAACAUUGACUCAUAUUUUAAAUUAUACAUUUAAUAUGUAAUCAUAAUGUCAUGUAAUUUUAUUAUUUUUCUUUUCAUUAGGAAACAAAAAAGUCUGACUAAGGUCGUCUCAACUGCCUCUCGUUUAAUUGGGACAGCUGCUUAUUCAGGAUAUUUUUCUUCUCCGGAGGCGUCCUGAUAAAGCGGCGUAAACUGAACCAGUAAAAUAGUAUUGUGGUUUUAUUGCUGAAGAUUCUAAUAAGGGAAAGGGUUGAUAAUCAAUAAAGACCCACUGCAACAGCUAUCCUUUUUGGUACUUUAAGUAAAACUAGAGGCCCUCCAAAAUAAUUCAGUUUGUUUGUUUAUAAUGGUUGUAAAACGUAGAACGGCUAUUCUGAUAUAUAGCUUAGGCACCAAGUCACUACACUGGGUGCUGCAGUACUUCAGGGUGUGACAGCUCCUAGCUGUGUGAUCUGCGAAAGACACUGUAGCAACAAUAGAAAAGGCCAUUGCAGAAAAAAAGCUGAUAGGAAAAACCAUCUCAAACCUUUUUAACAAUUAAACCCCAAACACAGAACUCUGGCAACUUAUUACCAGCUCUAAUUAAAUCCAGUCUAUGUAUUCCAAAGAAUUCAAACGUUAGACACAGUAUGGUAGGAGCAGGAAAAUGUAUACUGCAUAAAAACAAAACAAUAACAAAAUAAUUUAUGACAUUAGAACAAUCUAUUGCCUAAUGCAGAAACCUAAAUGAUAGAGAUACUCACAAGUUUAUGAAUUUAGACCUGCUUUUCUUUAUAUAGCAUCUAUUCACUUUUAUAUUAUUUUUCUUUUUUGAUAAUGAUCUGAACCUACACAUACUAAAUGUAUGUGGUUCAAACCAGUAUGGGGACUAGCUGCUGCUGAAAAAGCACAGCUAUUACUGAAAGUGGUAGACCACACUAUAUAUGGUGUACAGUAUCUGCCAAAGGUUGAAUGCAAAAUAGCAAAUUAUAGGUAAUUUAAUAAAAUCCUCAGGGAUUUAUCAAAAAAAAGCAUAGGCUUUAUGUUAAAUGAUCUGCAAUGUUUCUUACAUACUGUUCAAUGACUUAUAAUCGGUAGACACUUAAUGCAACAGACAAUUUAGGGAAACAUCCUCUCUUAACAGUUGUUGUGAGACCUCUGUAGACAGCGACCUUUGUGUUUUUACAAUAUCCAUAAAGAUAACUAUGUUUUCAAGAUUGCAUAGUCAUUUAGUGUGUAAAAGUAAUCAUUAUUAAUCUGUUUCGGCAUCAUCGAUUCUCUUUGAGUAAGGCAUGCUUUGAUGUAAAAUAAUAGAAUCUGUACAAUGAAUUAAUGAAAUGUCAACAAGGAUAUUACUCCAUGACAGAUGCCUUUAUAUAAAUUUGUAUCUAUAUUUAGGUACCUUCAUCGCUGUUUCAUUUUUAAUAGUUCCCACAUUUAUGAAGACAUAUUCAUCUUUGCUCAUUAGGAACCGGUGCUAAAAAAUCUUUCAAAGUUCCUCAUACUAAAAAGACAGAAAGACAUUUGACAAAGACCUUCUAAAAAAACAAAUAAUUACAAUGGAACACCACGUUAGUUUUUUUCGUACGCCUACCAACAUGCUUUUAAAGCACAUAAAUUCAGGUCUGCAAUAACUUUUUUUUUUUUUUUUUUUUUUAUUUAGGACUUACAGCUAAAUAUACUUUAGUCAACCAUACAUCUUAUUCUUGGUUUCUCACCCCACCACUGUAAUAUUUUGGCUUUCAGUCUUUUUUUUUUUUUGCUUGCUCAAUGAACUUUUGUUUUGGCUACUAGUAUAAAAAAUAAGUUAAAGGAUAUGUUUUGUACAUAACUCCUGUACUUUUAAUAUUUUUUUGUUUCACCUAAAGCUGAAAAAUAGUCUAGCAGGAUACCUUUAACAGUGUCAGCUACACUGUCAGUCUUUCAUUACCUGUGUUUUUAUUUAAAUGAAAUCCAUGACCAGGGAGGAGGUACCGAACUGCAUCAUACAGUCAAACAUCUACUGGAUUAAAACUGCAGUAACAACUGUAAAGGAUAAUGAGAUAGAAUAAUAAAUCAGUAGGUUUCGUUUCAUCUGCAGGCCUGCCUUCAAAGUUUUGGCUCUGUGGGCUGUGCAAUUAAACCUGCUUGUGUACGAACCUAAAUACAUUCUAAUACAGAGGCACUAGGUGGUGCAGUGUGGAGGCCUCACAAAGCAGACCUGUGGGUGGAUACUGUGCAGAUUUAAUUUUGUUUCUCAUCAAAGUACAAAUUGUUUAAAUAGUUUGGACUUUUUAAAUGUAUAAUUCCUUUGUGCCCAGUUCUUUUUAAUGGACAUGCAAACUUUUAUGUUGGUAUAUAUAUAUAUAUACUGUAUGUUUUGGAUGCAAAACCUGGACCCUCAAUGCAAAAAUUACUCAAAAAUGACAAACGACUCAACAGAGUAUGGAAAGAUGCAUGCUGGGAAUAACAAGAAGAGACAGGAAAAGGAAGGAAUGGAUAAGAGCGCAAAUAAAAGUAUGCAAUGUUAUUAUAAGAGCAAAAAAACUGAAAUGGCAGUGGGCCGGACAUGUAGCAAGAAGAACAGGCCAUCGCUGGACCAAGGAGAUACUAGACUGGAUCCCAAGAGAUUUAAAGCAACCAAAAAGAAGACCUCCAGGAAGAUGGCAAGAUGAAAUUAGGAAAAACGCCGGAGCAACGUGGAUGAGGGACGCAGCAGACAGGCUAUCGUGGAAGAAUCUUGAGGAGGCCUUCAUCCAGCAGUGGAUUGAAAAAGGCUGAAGAUGAUGAUGAUAUAUAUAUAUAUAUAUAUAUAUAUAUAUAUAUAUAUAUAUAUA